GGCUGCGGCGGCGGGCGGGCGGCGCCGAGGCGGCGGGCCGGGCGCCGCCAUGCGAUUCCGGGCUAAGAUCGUGGAUCUGGCUUGCCUCAACCACUUCAGCCGUGUAAUUAACACCAUCGCCAAGUUAGCCAAGACCUGCGCCCUGCGUCUCACCGUCAGCAAGCUGUAUUUCAUCCUCUCCGAUAAAGUAGCGAAUGGAGGCGUCAGUAUGUGGUGCGAGCUGUGCCAGGGGAAUUUCUUCGAUGAAUUUCAGAUGGAAGGAGUUGCUGCAGAGCACAAUGAAAUCUAUUUAGAGUUGGUGCCUGAGAACCUGUCGAGAGCAUUAAAAACUGCCCAGAAUGCUAAGGCAGUGAAGAUCAAGCUGACUAACAAACACUGUCCCUGUCUCAGAGUUGCUGUGGAGCUACCAUCCUUAUCAAGCAGCAGUAGGAUGGUGACACAUGACAUUCCUGUGGGGGUUAUUCCCAGAAGAUUAUGGAAUGACUUCAGAGAGCCCAGUGUGCCAGACUUUGAUGUCAGUAUUUACUUACCAGUGCUGAAAACAAUGAAGAGUGUUGUGGAGAGAAUGAAGAAUCUCAGCAAUUCCAUUGUGAUUGAAGCAAACUUGAGUGGAGAAAUGAACUUGAAAAUAGAAACUGACUUAGUAUCUGUAACAACACAUUUUAAAGACUUGGGAAAUCCUCCCUGGGCAUCAGAGGAUGGAUGUCAAAGUUCUACUCAAAGCAGAGAUCUGGAAAGCAUGGCUGAGGCACGCAUAGACAUCAGGAAGCUGCUGCAGCUGCUUGCUGGACAGCAGGUCAAUCCCACAAAAGCAUUGUGCAAUAUUGUAAGCAAAAGAAUUGUCCACUUCAUCUUGCUCCAUGAGGAUGUUUCGCUUCAGUAUUUUAUUCCAGCACUUGCCUGAAUGUUUUGGAAUCCCGGUCGUUUUUCCAACCUGAGGCCUUUUCUAUGAAGCCUGAAACUUUCAUGAGCUGCUGGAGUACUCUCAUAUGAUAUGCUGUUAGACGCAGCCAUCAGAUGGACGUUAUUUCCAUAUUUAUGAAAUUAUUAAAAACAUCUCCUCAUCCAGAAGGCCAUUUUUGUGAAGUUACGUGCUAUGAAGGACACAACACUGGGGAGCUGGCACAUCUGAGCAUUAUGGGGAGCAAACCUGAAAUCUGUAUGUGCUUUUGGGAUGCUUUGAGCUGUGGGGAAGGCAAUGUAGUAUUUUUUUUUCUCGUCAACAAACAUAAAGGUAGAAUUGACCUCUGGAGCUGCUGCUGGGUGUAUUCAGUAUUGGACAAUGCAGCUCCAACUUAAGAGAUCUCCGAGCAAUCUGUCAUACCUCCAUGGAGCAGGAGAGGCCUCUGCAGGGUUGACAGACUGGUAUUUGCCUGGGCAGGUAAGCACAGCUCUCCUGAAGUGGUACUGGAUUGACUUCUGUUCCAGCAGUGAUGUAUAUGGACUUGGUGCUGCUGCAUGUUGUGCAGCAGAAAUGUGUCUGAGGCAGAGGAGCUUCCUGUGGUUGCCAGCAUGUAACGGGAGGUAACGGAUGCUAAGGAGCACCAACGGCUCAGCAGCAUCUGUUUCUACCUGGUUGUAUCUUUUGGUCUGACUCGCUCCAACAUACCUCAGUAGUUCUGUUAGUGUUUGAACUGAUGUGUUUAGCUCUUGGCCUGAGAGGAUGAGAUGAACAGUCUGGAUUAUCUUGUUAAUGUGGGCAGUGAAGGUCUCUAUGUAUGUACAGAAUGAGUAUCGUAUGGCGACGUGCGAACACAACAAUUGGUGUGAAAUAAAGGGCAGGUUAUCUGUGGA